CGCAUGAACCAACAUCGAUGACACGUUCCCCCACUAUCGAAACGCCAUAACAAGUGAAAACGGAUAACAACAGAACAGUUGAGUGAACACAGCCUUAUAGAUCAAAACAGUUGUACCAAAAUAAAUCAGCUGAUUAAAAAUAAAAAAGUAUCUAUAAUAAAUAAAAUCUAAUAGUGAGUUUAACGUUGUUAUGUUGGUGGUUAAUUAGUAUAUAUAAAUAAUAUAAAAGGUGAUUUCACUUAAUUAGAGCACUACAUCGAGAUUAGUAACUCUUGUUUAUUAAGAAUUUAACCUUGACAAAUCGGAUCGCAACGGAUGUUGAGAGAAAAGAACAAAAAUUAAUGGAUAAUUAAAUUUUCCAAAAAACAAAAUGAUUUGGAUAUCAACUUUAUUCCCAUUACUAAUUAUAAUUUCCUCAUCAACAAUUUCAAUUUCGGCUCAAUAUCGCCGAAACACUCCAGGAUUAGUCCCCGUAGAUAAAUUCCGCAUCUCCCUUUUAAAAGUAAUUCAAGACCAAUGGGAUAUAUUAAACAACAAAGAAGAUGGCUCACAACCCACGGAUAUCGUAACAAAAUUCGUCGAAUUCCGAGAUAAAGGUUUCGAUGAUUUCGACGAAAACGUAACAAUUUCGAAUGAGUUAACCAUUUUGGAUACAAUUUCGAAUUGGGGCCGUGUCCAACAAAAAAUUCACAAAGUCGCCGUGAUGUACAACACUUUUAAGCGAUUUCAAAAACAACAAACGGGGAAGAACCGAAUUCAAUCGCCACCGGAAGUUUGGAUCACUUUUACCGAAGCUAUUUUACCGAGCAUUUCGGAUAAUCUAAAACAAAUUUAUGAAGAGAUACAAGAAAUUAAUUUAUUUAAUAAAAUAAAGGAGCUAGAUUCAACCUCGAUAUGUUUAACACAACAAUCACCACAUCAACACCUUUACAAUUUAUACAACACAAUCUCUUUAACGGAAAUAAAAGGAUUCGCGAUGAUUCAAUUUUCGUACAUUUUAUUAAAAAUGUAUGGGAAAGGAAAUUAUACAACCGAGUCGCAAUUAGAACGCGAACAAUUCAUCGAAAGGGGAUUAAACACCGCGGCUAAAAUGGAUGAGGUCAUGGCGAGAACUUCGCGAGAUUUAUGGAGAUGCGACCCGGAAAUCCAAGAAGAAGGUAAAACGUAUUUGGAAAUAACGCAAUUAUUGCAAGGGUAUAUACAAAAUGAGGUUGAUUUGAACCCGGAUGGAACUUGUUGGGAGAAUUGCGCCGCUUAUGAGUACACGAAAAGCCAUUCGUGUUAUAAGAAUUUGUAUUGUAGGCAACAAAGGAGGUGUCAAGGGAAAAUUUUGAAUUGUAAAUUUAUUAAAUCUGAUAUGCAAGUUUGCCCAAGUAAUAACACCUUAAAAAGGAGAUACGAUUACAUCGAAUACGAAAACGGCCAAGUUUAUGGACAUAAAGGAUCUUGCCCAAAAGGCCGAGUUGAAGUGGAGAGUUGGUGGAGAUGGCUAUUUUGGCACUGCUCUUAUUGCAUGUGUCUUUGCGAUGAAGAAGGAAUCUUUUCCGAUCGAUAUUUCAGCAUGAAAUCGGUUUUAUCCGACGUUCUCAACAAUAAAAUCAUCACCGGGGUUAAAUUCGCCAAAUCAAAUCGGAUAAUCCACCUCCAAAUUGAACAAGGAGAACUCCUACAAAACGGGGUUGUUAAUAAAACGACGAUCGAAUGGGUUCCUAUUGAUAGUUUUCGAUUAAAUGAUAGAAACGUUUUAAAAGACCAAACUUAUUUCACUUUAUCCCGAGAUAAUCGCGCCAUCGAUUUAGAUGUGCACGCGGGAGUUGAGGGUUACGUCCUAACGGGGGUGAGACUCCAAAAAAUUGGGUCCCACCUCAACCUCCAAAUUUAUGUAACCCCCUACGACUUCGCAACGGGGAAAUUAAAACCUGCUUUAAGCGAAUGGUUGGAUAACACAAACACCGAGUUCUCAAUGAUUUCGAAAAGGAAAAAAAUUGAAAUAAAAGAUCGCGAUGUUCCAACACGCUCAAAUCUUCCAAGCAAAAUCAAAUCAACCCACAACGAAUUUUUGGAAUUCACCCACACCAGCUUUGAAAAAGACGCGGCGCAAACAACCGUCCCAUUCUUAGACAGCCAACCGGUUAGUUCCGGUUUGAGUCCGAAUUCCGGGGCGGGAAUUUAUUACAAAACUUCAAGCGAUCAAAACGGGGGGUACAUCGGGUUAAAACUAGUCACGUUCGAUUAUAGUAAACACCUCCUAAAAAAAGUUGAUUUGGAGGAGGAACCCGAGGCGAAUUAAAUUUAGAACAAAUUAUUUAAUCUUUUUUUUAUUUUAGA